AUGUCUUCAUCCAAGAGCAACAAAAAAUCGCUCUCUGAAUAUAAUACAGAGCUAGAUAAGGGAAACGAAUAUGGAAAUGGAAUUUCAUACCGCCCAGGAAAACCUAUUCAAUUAUUAGAAUAUAAGAGUUCUAGAAAUGAUAGUUUUGGAAAAAUUAUAAUUAAUGACGCCGCUCUUAAGAUAAUUAAUGAUAUUAAUGAACCGGUAGCGAUUAUAGCAGUCGUGGGAUCCUAUCGACGCGGUAAAUCAUGGUUUGCCAAUGUCCUUCACGGACGUCAUGAUGGGUUUGAACUCGGCUCUAAGGUCGAAGGUUGUACGCGCGGAAUAUACAUGUGGGAUACUCCUUUUAUUCACGAAGGAAAGCGUGUAAUAGUACUUGAUUGUGAAGGAAUAGACGAUCCUAAGCAAGAUCAAGCCUGGGCUGUUAAACUUUUUAUUAUCUGUUUAAUUGUAUCCUCAACUUUUAUUUACAACAUAAAUGGAAUUGUUGGAAGAGAUGAUAUUGGGAAACUUUAUCUGAUGACAGACUUGAGUAAAUUUAUCCAACCACUAACAGAUUGCGAUUUCUUGCCUAGACUAGUAGUCGUAUUAAGAGAUUUUCAUCUGGAUGAACCUGAGGACUUCAAGGCAUAUUUUUUUGAAAAAUUAAACAAUGUUGAUGAAGAAAUCGCUAAAGCAAUAAAUGGAUAUUUUGAGGAUUUUGAUGUAUUCGGUCGCUCUCAAUUAAAGAACCUCGAUAAGGUUGCAACAGAAAAUUUAGACGAGGAAUUUGUCGAGGAGGUAACAAAAGUAGUACAAUCUAUCUAUUCUAAUAUUAAUCCUAAAUACAUUGGUUCAUCUACCAUGACCGGAAUGUCACUUGGAAAAUUUCUUGUGGAUUGUAUCGAAAAAAUGAACGAUCCCCAAAAUUCUCAACAACUAUCGAUCCCAUCCGAAUAUGAGACUGUCAUUCAAUAUAUGUCAGUCCAAGCCACUGAGAAAAGUAUUAAAAUUUAUGAAGCAGGGAUGAAUGGUUAUAUAACGGAAGAAAAUAUACCAAAAUUGUGGGAUGAAUUUAAUAAAAUUCAUAAUAAUUACUUGGACCAAGCUCAAGAAGAAUUCUUUAGUAAGGUCAUCGGUUCAUCAAAGCAGAUUAUUGAAUUUACCGAAAAUUUGAAUGUUAAAAUCGGAAAAGUUCGAGAAAUAUAUGUCAAGAAAAAUUCCGAAGCACUUUAUGCUCAUAACCUAGAGUUGGCGACUCGUCUUUGGAAAACCCAUAUCAAGAGUAGGCUAAAUAGAGAAAAUUUAUUCAAGGACAAGAAUGAAUUUGAUGCGGCGGAAGAAGCGUUUAAGAGGGAAUAUAAAAACCAGAUGAAAGUUUCACCGGAAGCCAGAGCCGCAUUUACCGACUUUCUAGAUAAAAAUUAUGACCAAACACUAGAAACGCUUACUCAACUUGGGACAUUGAAGGAAGAGCAAGCCAAAGCACUCCGUGAAUUAGAAGAAAUCCAAAAGGAAAAUAUUAAAGCUCAAGAGAGAGUUGCAUCGUUGAAAAACGAGAUCGAACAGAGCGCGUUAGAAAGAAAACAACAAAAUGAAAGAUUAGAGCAUAAAAUGAAUGAUAUGAUCGAAAAUGUAGAAAAACAAAGAGUCCAAAAUGAAGAAUUGAAAAAACAAAUAAUGGAGCAACAACAAAAAAUGUAUGAACAACAAAUGCAAAUGGCGGCCGAAAGAGACGAGCGCGUGCAGAAUGUGAUGCGAAAAGAACAAGAAGCUGCGGAAGAACGACAACAAAGAAUAAUAGAACACCAAAUGGAAAUUGCGGCCGAAAGGGAGCGCCUGCAGAUCAUGGUGCAAGAAGAACGAAGAACAGCGGAAGAUCGACAACAAAAAUUGUUAGAACAACAAAUGCGAAUUGCGGCAGACAGAGAAAUGCAAUUACAGAAAAUGAUGCAAGAAGAAAGAAGAGCUGCAGAAGAACGUGAGAAAAUUUUGUUGGGAAAGAUAGGCAAAAGUCAUGACGUUGGUUUGCUUGAUAUUGUGAGUGCUGCUGCUAAAUUUCUGUUUAAGUCUUAA